AACGCUCAAGGGGAAGGUUCCCAAAUAUAGAAUAAUAAGAGAUUUUCAUAUUAAUGAACAUCGGGUUGAUGAUAUAUGGGAAAAUCAUGAACGCCAACAACAAAUAAUACAAAGGACUAUUUCUUCUGAAAUAUUACCUAUACCAACAAUCUUACUUGAAAAUUCUAAUCAGAUCGAAAGUGAGGUUUUCCAUUUGGAAUCUACUACUCCCCUCAAUAUACCAAUAAAAAAGAGAAGUUCCAAAUCUCGGUCUAAAUCUGUUCGUAUAUCUGAUCCAAUACCUACUAAUAACUCUAAUGUAGUAGCAUCCACACUUAAUGAGAUAGAAAAAAUAAAUAGUGAUGAUCUGGAUGUGUUAUAUGAAAAAGAAGUCAGAAGAGAUGAGAAAAAUAAAGCAAAUAUGACUCGCCUAUUAGCUACUACUUAG